CAUAUAUUUUCUCCCAUUUUACCGAUGCGAUCUUCCUCUUGUUUAGGUCAGUUUCACAAUCACGAUUGUGUUGAAAUCGGCCCGUAUGUAACUCUAGUCACUCUGUCUAGUAACAAUCAACCCGCAACAAAAAUCCUGGCUCCUCCCCACAACCCCCACCCCUACAUUUGAUCGUUUCCAGCCCCCAUUCAUGUCCAAAAAUACAGAGGCCAACGUGUUGACCCCGGGCUCCGACGCAGAUAGCUCAGAAAACUCGCCGUGCCGAGGCAGCGGGGAGGGAAAAGCCUCCAGGAAAAAAAAACGAAUAGUGGAUCCACCAGUCGCCUGACACUUCAGCCCCCGGAUCCCUCCCAAAGGUUAGUUUGAUCUUUCCUCGCGCACCCAGAACCCGAUCCGCCAGCGCGGACCCUGAUCUCUUUUCCAAAGACGACAUUGUGCGUGAGUUUUUCCAGCCCACUUAUAAAUAAACACCUGCUCUUGCUUCGGGCCCAGAUGAGAGGAGAGGACGAGCGCCUGCACGCACAUUGACAGAAGUCCUCCAUGGAGCUCGAUGGCCCUUUUAACGAGUGGAUCCUGCUGCACCGAGUCUCCUUCUAAAACCGUUUUUGUUUCAAAGAUCUCCAUGGAACACAGCUGACAUCUUUGAAAGGAAGGAAUUUUGAGCACACUCUAAAAAAGGCAGCUGAGACGGAGGAGCUUCGCACCAAACCCACUCCUCCGACUUUGGAUCUCAGGGGGGGGGGGCGGUCGAGGGUCACCCGAAGGAGCCAUGGAUGAGGCCACGCGCCGGGGCGUCCAGGAGGCACUGGUCAGCGAGGCUCUGCUCGAGUUCAGGGCCACUUUGCAGGCAGCCGUGAGGGAGGUGCACGUGGACGUGAGCGCCUUCAAGCAGCGCAUAGAGCGCAGGGUCGACGAGCAGUGCCUCUCCAACGGGCCCUUGGCCGAGGCGGUGAGCCGCCUGCAGGAGGAGAACCUGCAGCUCAGGUCCCAGCUGGAGGCCCUCGGCCGCACGGUGGAGCGUCUCUCCGGGUCGCAGGGGGACAGGGGCGGUCCUGCCGACGCGAGGGGGACGGGGACGGAGGCGGAGGACAGCCUCGGGAACGGGAGCCCGCCAGGGGAGCGGGGAGCUGCGGAGGCUCCGCCCGUUCCCACGUGCUCGGCGCCGUCGGGGGCGAGCGGAGGAUCUGCUCCCGGCAGCAACCCGGCGCCCCCCCCGUGGAGAGCAAAGAGGCAAGCGGAAAUGAAUGGCAGCGAUGCAAAAGGAGAGAAACACACAACCGCACUGGCGAACGGAAACCCAGAAAUCUCCCAUCAGCCUCUGACCGCCAUCACGAGAGCGAGCGCAGAGUCCCGCGCUGUGGCCGAGCCCCCUGGGCACGCCGCGGGACUCCCCAACCCGUCUGACCAGGAAGAAUCAGGCUCUCAGCGCAAACCCCAUCACCCCCUCUCUGCGAUGCUGAAGCCCCAUUCCGACGCUCCAGCUGUUCCUGCCUCAGCACCCACAAAGGAGACUCCAGUGAAACCAGGAGAACCUCACGCUGAACGCGACGCUGAUGAGCUGAAGCCCCAUCUUCCCGUCACCGCCGUGAUGACCAAACCCAGUGCAGAGGGUCUGGUCGCCACCAAACCUACCCAGCGGCCAGCGUUUGAGCCCAAAGCGGCCGGUCAUUCGACACUAGAGACUCCAACAGGUACAAAGGAGCUCUGCUCGCAGGUCCCCCAGGAGCCGUCCGUCUCCGGGUCUCAGGGGUCUCAGGGGUCGGCCCGUCAUCCUCCCGCGGCUGGGACCAAAAGCCCCCCCGAGGCUUCUGCUGCGUCCAAAGCUGAUCAGAGUCCCGCCUCUGACCCCGGUCCUUCCGUCCCAGAAUCCCCAGCGACGAAGAGAGCGACGGGACCGACCCCGAGUCCUGCAGCAUCACAAGAGCCGAUGGUCAAACCCGGGGAAUAUCCCUUUAAGCGAGUACCAGUUCUAAAGACACCCAGCCCCAGCCUGAAGAGAAGUGUGAGCUUUCCUCAGCCAGCAGAAAAAUUACUUCCCUCCAAAUCGAUCCUAAAAUCUGGUUUCUCACCAAGUUUGGACAAGAAGCUGAACAAGGGAGGAGGGUUUGAGCUCAAACAGGAUGUGACGAAACCCCAAACGCUGCCCCGCUCCAACGGGGCUCAGGCCAAGAGGGCCCUCUUUGAGAGGAUGAACUCCGAGCCCGUCAAUAGGCCGAAGGAUUCCAAACCCAAACUGAAGCGCUCUCAGAGUUUUGGCGUUUCCAGCGCCAGCGGCAUAAAACAGAUCCUGCUGGAGUGGUGCCGCUCAAAAACCAUCGGCUACCAGAACAUAGAUAUCCAGAACUUCUCGUCCAGCUGGAGUGACGGCAUGGCCUUCUGUGCUCUGGUUCACUCCUUCUUCCCUCUGGACUUUGAUUACAACACGCUGGACCCCGCGAACCGCAAACACAACCUCCAGCUGGCCUUCACCACCGCAGAGGAGAAGGCCGACUGUCUCCGUCUGAUCGAGGUGGAGGACAUGAUGGUCAUGGGGGACAAGCCGGACCCCAUGUGCGUGUUCACGUACGUGCAGUCCCUCUACAACCACCUGAAGCCGUUUGAGUAACGACCCCCGUCCAGAUGUUAGUAACCGCGUUGUGUCGUGAACACUUUGAAUGAGCACAACAUUGGCCUCUUGCCAAGCGAGUUAAACAGAGGACCACUGUCACACCACGCCAACAUUAACCUUUUUAUUCGGCAUAAUCCGUUUGUACUGCACUUGUGCGCUCACCAGUUUCCCCCUUUGCCUUUUGAAUUUUUGCGGUUGAUCGACACUGAUCCUUAAAAAAUAUAGUUUAUUAUAACACGCAUUGUGACCUGUGUGGUUCACAGGAUGGAUGAUGGUUUUGAUUUAGUUCUUAAAUCAAUAACGAUGCUGCAACUAAAGAAGGGACAAUUAACCUUUUUUUU